GUUAAUAGGCUAGCUAUAUUGAGUAACCUUAUAAAUUUUCGGUUCUUACUAUAGAAUUCUACCAUUCCCGCAACGCUAGUCCUGCUGCUUUCUGCAAAAACAAAGGUUUUCGAUGGAUAAUUUCAACACUCUCCCAACAGAGAUUAUAUUGGACAUUCUCAUCCGUUUACCCGUUGAAUCAGUUCUAAACUGCAAGUUAAUUUCCAACACAUGGAAAAAUCAUAUUCAUCAUCCAUCGUUUGGUAAGAUGCACGCAAGUUGUCAUCUCAAUCAUAAUGCCGAUGAUUAUGCUCUUAAAUUCAUUACGCCAAAAGAGGAAGAAAAACACAGACAUACCUCAGAAGGAGCAAGAUGCAAUCAUGUAUGUGCUCGUGGAUUUAUGUUCGACAGGCUUGUUUUUUCCUACCAUUCUCUCUGACGUGGCCAUAGCUCCCACAUCCAGACCUCGACUACUAUAGAUCUGUUGUCAAGAGCUUAUCUGACUUUAAGUAGCUCAGAAUAAUUAAUUUUUUAAUUUGUAUAAUUUGCCUUGUCUCAGGUAAAGGAAACCUUUUUACCAAGAAUGGGAAAGGAAGACUCCUAAUAGAACUGGUUUAGUCUUUAUAUUUCUAAUUCUUACUGCUUUUAAGAGCAUUUGUGAUUAGAAAUAUGAAUAUUAACCCAACUUCAGUUAGAAAACUUCUUGGUAUAUUUGUUAAGCGUUUGGUUACUCAAAUACUCGCCAAGCGGCUAACUGCACCUCAAGUUAUUGGUAUGUUGCAUCAUUUCGUUUAUCCUAAAAUUAGAUGGUAGAAUUAGAAAAUCUGUAUAACGCACAUUAGAAAUAUUUUAGCAAGGACAUGCUUUAGACAUUUUCUUGUUCAUCCUGUUCAUGUUCUUGAUCUUCUUGUAGAUGUUCUUGUUCUAGAGAUUCUUCUUGACAGUGAAAACGUCCUACAGUGGAAAAGCUACUGCUGUUUGUGCUUGUAUAGUCUGUAUUUGACAGUAAAAACAGAUUUUUUUCUUCUG